AUGCUUGGUUCAUAUAUGCAUUCAAAUGUUGCUAACAUAGUUUAUUUAAAAUAUAUGUCUGGAAUGGAGCGGACAUAUACACUCGAUGUAGAACCUUCUAUGAUAGUUCAACAACUAAAACGUUAUAUUCGUGAGAAGACAGGUGAUGAUAAUGAUAGUUUUCAAAAAAUGUCUUUAUUGUUUAAUGGAAAUGUAAUCGAUGAUGACAACAAAACACUUCAGUAUUAUGACAUAAAAGAAAAAACUCUACUAGAAUUACAUGAUUCAAGUGGAAAUUUGGGUGAUAUUGGUUGUUUGGGAAUGAAAUUUGCCGAUGUUAGCACCAGUGAUGCUUUAAAACGCUGUAUAUGGUCGAAAAAAGAGUCACAUUGGCGAAAAGCUGCACGCGGCUUAUGUCUUGAAGGUAUAUGUAAUAAUUCUGAAUGUAACGCUUUCAAACAACAACUUAUCAUAUCAAUCGGCUACAAAAAAAUCGAUGUUGUAAAUGACGCGGAUGAAACUACAGUUAUAUGUCCAGAAUGUGAACAGUAUGUUGAACCAAAUAUAUGUGGAUUCAAUAAUUGUUGGUGA